GGGGAAUUUAUUCACUUGAAAUUUGAAAAUAUUCAGGAUAUGAAAACUAGUGAUAUGAGAGGAGCUUUUGCUUUCUAUGGAAGUAUUCUAGCCUUCAAAACUCUAAUUCUUGCAGGGGUUACAACUAUCAAGCGCUUGCAAAACAAGUCUUUCUGUAAAGACCAACCACAUCCUCAGGUACAAUCUAUACAGAGAUGUCAUUCAAAUGAUUUAGAAAAUUUGGUACCAUUUCUAUUUCUUGGUCUACUCUACUGUAGUACAGAUGCACCAGCUACAGUUGGAUUAUGGCAUUUUAGAAUUUUUGCACUAGCUCGAAUUUUACAUACACCAGCUUAUUUAUUUACAGAUGGAAGAUUUCCUAGAGGAUUGAUAUUUCUUAUUGGUUAUCUUAUCAAUAUUUCAUUAGCAUUAAAAUGUAUUACAUAUUUUUCUGGAAUAUGGUAAACAUUAAUGGUUAGACGAUUUACCUCAGGGAAAUUUUGUAUUUCGUUGCUUUUUUUAUUGUUUUUUUCUUUCUUUAAUAAUAUGUUCAUGUUUAUUGAUUUUGUUUGUUAAUUCUAAAGUUUAUUUUACGUUCCUAGUUAAUUAUUACACUGUGGCGGAUAAUAUAAAC